AAUAUUAUCAGAAAAAUUUUUUCACAACAGUCAACGCGAGAAACAUUUUUCAUCGUUUUAUGCAAUUAAUUGCUUAUUUUAUAAUUAAUUUUAAUCAAUUGAAGAGUAAUUCGGUGUUUUAAAGUCUACUUAAACAUAUAAAACCAUGGCCGACGUUUUAGAUCUAGAAAAUCAUGAAGAUUUCGAAAUGGACGAUGAUGGAGACCGCAGAGUUAAUAUGCUCAAAGAAAAAGCUAGGAAGAAAAGAGGCCGAGGGUUUGGAAGUGACGCAGUUGCCAGAGAACGCUUCAAACAGUACGAUCGGGUCGCAGAUAACGAUGUAGAAGAUUUCGGUCCACAAAGAUCUGUCGAAGGUUGGAUUUUAUUCGUAACUGGUGUUCAUGAAGAAGCACAAGAAGACGAUAUUCAUGAUAAAUUUUCGGAGUACGGAGAAAUCAAAAAUUUACAUUUGAAUUUAGAUAGAAGAACUGGUUUCUUGAAAGGAUACGCUUUAAUUGAAUACGAAUCGUAUAAAGAAGCCGUUGCGGCGAAAGAAGCUCUUAAUAAUUCCGAUAUUUUGGGACAACCCAUAACUGUAGAUUGGUGUUUUGUUAAAACAGCUCGCAAAGUCAAAUCGACGACAUCCAGAAGGCGAUAAAUCUAAGGGGGAAAAUUAUCCACGACAUUCGUGUGAAGUAUUUUAUGGUGUUAAGUUGUAUAUACAGAUUUUUCAAUAAUUCUUUAAUAAAUUCAACCAUGAAA